UGUACAAUAUUUCGCAUGAUUUAGUCGCAAACUAAACACAAAAGCAAGUCAAGAAAAUAUAGUCGGUUAAAAUGAAAUCUAUUCUCGUAAUAAUUUCCAUUAUCUUGAUUGCAAGGAAGGUCACCGCAUCAAAUGCUGUGGUCUCAAAUCCCCAAGACAUCGAAGACUUAAAAAAUGUAGCCAAAUUGAAAGCUUUAUUUGCCGACAUUCAGCCAAUUAUAUGGAAUGUAAUCCACGAUUUACCUUCAGACAAACGAUACGAUAAAUAUCGAAAGGACUUGGAACUCUUUUUAAAUUUGAUCAAUCACAAGUCCGGCAAAGUUUGCUUCGAAAAGUAUUUUGAGGAUUUGACAGUAUUGGCUAGUAUUCUUACAGGAUAUGUCAAGGAGGAUGCUUCAGAUGAAGCCAAUAAGGUUUUGAACCUGUUCGUCAUAUAUGGUCACAACGAUUUUCUUAACAAACAAUGGAAAAUUUUACACAAACUAGAUUUGGUAAAAUUGAAGAAAAAUAUAAAACAUUUGGAUAAAAAUGAUGCAAAGUUUAUAUUGCUCACAGAGACGUGUUAGUUAUAAUAAAGGAGCGUUAAGUUUACUUUGACAA